AUGGCAGAUGCAGAUGAAGACGUCAUCCCUCGUGGUCCAGACGUCGGUGAUAUCGAUCUUUCAGAUGAGACACAAGACUUCCGCUUACUCUUGAACUUCUCCGGCGAUGAUACAAAAAUUCCUAAAAGAGGCGAGAAAGACUUUGAGCCCCAUCAUACAAACAAACAGUCGGGUGCUUUGACCGCAUCAAGAGAUGCUAUGCAUAAUGCACUUUCAUUUCAGCGCGUCCAUCAACCCAAGAAGCAUGUUCUGGCUUAUUACCACCCAGGGACGAAUAUGGCAUAUACAGAAGACCCUAAAGGGCCUUUGUUCAAAAACAUGGGCAAGGUCUUCCCUGGCAAGGAAGAUCCACUCGGACCUCGUACCGCUGGAGAAAACAGAAUUUGGUUGCUACCAGAAGAAGCAAUCUACUUGCUCGAGAGAGGUACGAUUGAUGUCAGAUGGCCGCUGGACGACGACGACGACAACAGUGAAGAUGGCGAAGGCAUACCUAUGAGUCUUCAAGGUGCAUAUGCCGCAUUUCUGGGAAUGGAAGGCAAUAGCGACGGUGCCCUGACUUUCGAGAGAUACUCUGUAUACGCAGGUUUGAAGAGGUCAGGUUACACAGUCCACCGAGCUCCAAGCUGGGAUGGUCCAGGCGAUCAACCGGGAGACGAGUGCUAUCCGUCUGUGCAAGGCACUCUAUGGAGUCUGGGUCUGCUGAGGGCCAAAUGGCGAAGCCUGUUCAUUCCCCGAGCUGCAACACAAGCAGAACAGAAAGUCGGUCCGUUGGUAACACCAGGAGUCUACCGCAAUUACGCUGAAAUCUAUCGUCGCCUUGCAAUUGUCCCCAGUUACGACCCAGCAGCCAGGAAAAGGAAUUCUGCAGAGACGACAGAUUCUGCGUUCAGGAUUACAUACCACUUAUGGAAGCCUGGCUCGACGACAUACAAGAAAAGCGACCCCGGUACACCUGACUUCCGCAUUGCGGUUGUCGAUGCUCGAGAGACGACUUUCCCAACACUUGCCCAGCUGAGUGCUCUCAUCGACACACAGCCAUACCAGCCACCCCGCUCAGAUGCGCAGUUGUAUCAGAAGUUGCGUAAUGGGUAUAAGAGUGUGAUUUUGGCUGUUGUGGACCAGGGAGUCACCAGUUACUUGAGACUGGCAGACGCUGGGUUCUCUAAAGAGAAGUUGUUCGAUCGCAAGCCGCCAGCUGCGAGAAAAGGCGGCAAGGGUGGAAACUGGAAGAAGAAUAAGCGAUAG